GAUGUAGGAAUCAUAAUCUGCGCAACGGACACACCUGUAAUCAACGGUCAAUAAAACAUACACAAGGUAACACUAAACCGGGCCAAUUAAACUCUUAAAUCAUUUAGCCAAUGCAACGUGUUGCAGGGAACAAACAAUAAACCGAUUCAUUUAGGAUAAAUUAUAUUUUGUUGCAUCAGGGGUGGAUACUGGGACGGACCGUUAUUCCCCAGGAGUUGCUCAUUUCCCUCCUCGGCACCAUUCGAGCAAGACAUGUCGCACUGUUUGGGUACCUGUCGUUUCAGCGAUGGCUGUUGACUGUCGGACUUUCGCCAGCUUCCAGCAAUUGUACCGAGUAGAUACAUCAAUUGUUUAAUGAAUGGAAAACGUUUAUCCUGUUAGUAUUUGAAAGAGAGGAGAGAAAAGUUUUGUGCAAACUUUUGGCACCUUCCCUCGGGAACGUCGCUAGUGACCGGAGCUGUCUCGCUUUUCCCCCUUUCUGUGCGUCUGGAACUUUCUGAUUCAUCGGAAGGAAAGAUGACUCUUCUCUGCACACUGGGGCUCGCAGCGGUCGUGCUUUUCGGAGUGGUAGACAGCAGGGGGAUUCUUGAGGGUCUACAGAGGUAUGGCCCCAUGCCCACCUACUUGCCCGUCAGCUACCAGGUCCUCAACGCCGAGGCUGCCUUCUUUCUGAAGGAGGCCAACCAGGACCUGAUGAGGAACUCCAGCCUGCAGGCCAGGACCGAGCCCUUCUUCAUCCAGCAGGCCCGCCGGAUGCCCUCCAUCAACGCCAGCUAUGGACCCAUGUCUGUCCAGCAAACCAUCCCCCUGGAGCUCCUACAGAGCCCUGGACCCUUCAAUGGACCCUCUUUCACCUCCCCAUCAUCGUCCAUCUCCUCUUCUUCUCCGUCCCUUUUCACCUACAAUUGGAAGGUCCAGACCUUCAUCAUCAGUGAGAGGAUCCACCCCAGUUGGCCCAAAGUGCAGGUGUUGUUCUAUGUGGUGGGCAGGGACUGGGAUGACUACACCACCAUCCACAGGCUUCCCUGUGUCCGGAUGUUUGCCUUCCACGAGACCCAAGAGGUGCGGGGCAUGUGUCGUCUGAAGGGGGAGCUGGGGAUGUGUGUGGCCGAGCUGGAGCCUCUGGCUAGCUGGUUUAACCCCUCUACCGUGAGGCACGGCAGGCAGAGAGCUCCAGAGCAGGCCCAGGGCACCCCUGUGGAGCUCUACUACAUGGUACAGUCCACAGAGACUGGGGAGUGCAGCUCAGAGGACUUGCGAAAGGGAAGUUCCAUGCGCACAGAGCACCAGGGGCCCAUGGGGUACUUCUCAGGGCCCACACCCAUGCAGCGUAUAGGGAGCGUGCGUCUGUUCCAGCCCAUGUCAGAGCUAAGGCUAGACAGUAACUUUGUGGUGAUGGUGCCCUCUAGACCAAUCAGACAGAGGGAGACGGUCUCCACCUUCCUGGCUCUCUCCACACUGUCACCUGUACAGAUCUUCACCCUGAGGGUGAAGUUGAAGGAUGGCGUGGCGUUCCUGGGGGCGCGGGCCAGUAACCCAGUCCUGUGGACGGUGAGUCAGGACGUGAGGAGCGAGGGGCAUAGGGUCGUCACUCUCCACUGUCACCGCAAUGAGAACACCUUUGGUCAGAGGCUGGAGGCGGGUUACCAGAGGGUCCUCCAGGUGGAUCUGGAGGUGAACGGGCUACUGGACCCGCUGGGCAGCCGAGUGGUGAUGUGGCAGGUGGAGUACCCUCCUACCCGCUCCAUCACUGAUGAGGUCCAGACCGUCAUCCGCCUGGCACCACAGGACUUGGGUGGGAUUGUGCCACUGGCAAUGGACACUGAGAUUCUGAAUACAGCUGUGCUCACCGGGAGGACAGUUGCCGUGCCAGUAAAGGUGGUCACCGUAGGAACAGACGGCACAGUUACGGAUGUAACAGAGUCGGUAGAGUGUCGGUCGACCGAUGAAGAGGUGGUCAAGGUGUCGGAUCGUUGUGACUAUGUGUUUGUGAACGGGAAGGAGACGAGGGGGAGGAUGAGGACGGUGCUCAACUUCACCUACAGCUACCUGAGCGCCCAGCUGGAGAUGAGUGUGUGGAUGCCCCGCCUCCCGCUGGUCAUCGACGUGGCUGACCACGAGCUCAGCCAGAUCAAGGGCUGGAGGGUCCCGGUGGCGACCGGCAACAAGAGGUAUGAGAGAGUGAGUGCGGAUGAUGGUGACAGUGAGAGGACAGAGAGUGGCUGUGUCCCCCAGUACCAGAGCACCACGGUGCGGGUCCUCACACACUUUGUGGCCCUGGGAGUUGAUGGAAAUGGCCAACAGGACUUCUUGCUGGGCAGUGAUUGGCAGGUGGAUGUGACUGACCUGGUCCAGGAUUUACUGAGGGUGGAGGACCAACGUGUGGCCUAUCUACUGGAGGGACAGGUCCUGAUGGGCCUCAACACUGGCACAGCCAAACUACAGGUGAUGUCUCCUCUGUCUGACUCGAUCCUGGCUGAGCGGAUGAUCAGGGUUCUGGAUGACAAAGUGAGCGUGACAGAGCUGGGAGUGCAGCUGGUGUCUGGCCUCUCUCUGUCCCUCCAGCUCAGCCCAGGGAGUAACAGGGCCAUCGUCGCCACUGCUACCACACAGGAAGUCAUGCAGAAACUCAAACAGGAAUCCCUCAUCAGUGCCUGGCUCCAGUUCAGCGACGGCUCCAUGACUCCUCUGGACCACUACGACCCCGCCCACUUUGUGCUCACAGCCACCUCAUUGGACGAGCAGGUGGUAUCGGUACGGCGCAGCGCGGAGUGGAAGUGGCCGGUCAUCGUGGCAAACGGCGAAGGUCAGGGGUUACUGGUGCGUGUAGAGAUGACAUCAUCAGAGAUCUGCCAGAAGACAAAGCGACGCACCAUUCUGGCAGCCGGGGUGGGAAAUGUCUGCGUUAGGUUUGGCCGCUCUGAGGAGCCAUACAGCCACCCUGGAGGCAAAACACGACCAGACCCGCCCUACUACGGAGGCUCCAUCUCUGACAUUGAGGCUGGGAUCAUGAACCGGGGGGCCACGACAGUCAAGACCCCUAUUCCGGUGAGGCCCAAUGGGGACAGGCUGUCUGCCGACGGAAGAGUCCCUGGGGGGUUCUCUGAGUUCCCUGCCCAGGAGGAGCUGCCGCGGGGCCGCAGCACGGACGAGGAUCUGUUGUCAUCACGCCGCAGCCUCACUGACCUGGAGAUCGGUAUGUACGCCCUGCUGGGGGUCUUCUGCCUGGCCAUCCUGGUCUUCCUCAUCAACUGCAUCUCCUACACCCUCAAGUACCGCCAUAAAGAGCUGCCCUUGGAGGCCCCCGAGGCCAUGCCCCAUGCCCAUGACUGGGUGUGGCUUGGCCAGGAGGAGGGCCUGUGUCUGCAGCAGCAGCAGGAUGAGCUGGGCAGCACCCUGGAAGAGGGCAGUCAAUUGCUGAACGGCAGUGUUCUGAAGGGCAGUGCCCAGGGAGGCUGCCCGGGAGGCAGGAACGAGUCACUCAACUCACCUACCACCAAGAGGAAGAGGGUCAAAUUUACUACCUUCGCCAACAUCAAGCCCAGUAACGGAUGCCCAGUUCUAAGCCCGCUGGCACUCGGACAGACCACCGACAUUAAGUGGGUAUGUCCGGACAUCGAGCUGGGGGACUCGCAAGAGCUCCGGAAUUACAUGGAGAGGUUGAACGAGAAUGCUACAAAAAACAUUGUAUAGAGGGCUUGAUUUUUUGUGGACAAAUGAGUAACUCUAACUCACCCGAAUGCCUUCAGAGUAAGAAGAGAGUAAGGGGUGCUUUUUACUGAAACUGGUUGGCACUGUACCACGCCAUGACAACAAAAUGGAACAUUCCAGCAAGUGUUGUUUCCAUGGUAACUGUUGUAAUAGUUGAUGAUCAUAAGUGAGGUGGGGGGUGGGAAUUGCCAUGACACCACAUUGGAUAUGUGGGAAUUUGUGAACUUGAAUGUCACUUUAAUUAGUUUAGAUGUCUGUUCCCUUGUCUUUAAUUAAAGAAAAGCUUACAGUGCAUUCAGAAACUAUUCAGAACCCUUCACUUUUUUCACAUUUUUUACGUUACAUCCUUAUAUAUAUUUUUUUCUCCUCAUCAAUCUACAUAACGACAAAGCAAAAACAGGUUUUUAGAC